AAAUUCCAUGAUCACCUCAUGCUUGGGUAGUCUUUUUGCCUUUCAGUUAAUUGAUUGUUGCUUUGAAUGUUAAUAAUGGGAUUGAGUUGGAAGAUUGGUGUUCAUUGAAAGUGUGAGCUUUAUUGCGUGACGUGAGAUGGGUUGGGACAAGUGUUGAUGUUGCAUAGUCGUUUUUGGAAUUGAUGGUUUCUUCAGAAUUUCACUUUUGUUCGUAACAGGACCUGGUCUUCUUUGCCAUGGAAAAUUCCAAGUGACCAUCUAGCUUCAAAAAUAUGAUUUACAGUGGAAAGAAUUCGUCACUGCCUCCAAAAAGUCCAUUUCCUAGCAUAUACCCAUCAUAUGUUGAUUAUGUCCCUAGUCAUGGGGUUGGACUGAAAGGUCUUCCAAAGCCUAGAGAGGUAAAUUCACACCACCAACGUACUUCCUCCGAGAGUUUUUUAAUAGAGGAACAACCUUCUUGGUUUGAUGAACUGCUUAAUGAGCCAGAAACUCCUGUGCGCAGAGGUCAUCGGCGCUCAUCUAGUGACUCGUUUGCAUAUAUUGAUACCAUAAAUGUUGGAAAUUCAAAUUAUGUUGCUCCAGAUAAUAACAAGUUCAAAAAUUUAACCUCGGUGCCUUCAUGGGGAACUCAAGAUUUUGAAUUUUAUAGAGAUAUACGUCACGGUUCUUCGUAUGGGGCCCCAAAUUCUUUAGGCAAAACCAAAAAUCGGACAUGGGAUAUGCCUGUGAAUUCAGUUGCACCUCCUCGUGGACUUCCUUCUCCUGGGGACUAUACCAUUAUUCAAAAUGCAGGAUCAUCAAGUACUUCAAAAGAAGCAGAGAGGAGACCAUCUUCACCUACUGAAAAGCAGGAUCCUGGUGAAUAUGUUAUUCAUGACCCAAAAGGUUCUUCUGAAUUGGACUCAUUUCUUGCCAAGCAUUCUACUUCGGAGAUGGACACUAAACGUGCCAAGCAGUUUGAGGAAACAGUUACCGAGUUCAAAUGUUUGGAUAUAAUUCAAAAUCAGAAUUCAAAGCCAAGCAAGUCCCCUUUCACACUGCAUCACAAGAACUUGUGCUAA